UAUGUCAAAAGAUUUUUAAUCAAAUGGCCAGCAUCAAAAAAUAUCGUUUGUCACCGUUUGUUUGACAAUUAACAUUUUUAAAAUGGACUUGUAUUUAUUUUUAGAUUAGUGUUAUUAUUAUGGGUAUAAAUGAAGAUAACCUACACGCUUCGCUGGCCCACCUCGUGUUGUGCUGCGUGGCCGGGCGCGGUAUUAGCCGCAUGCAUGGCAAAAGCUUCACCGAUCCCGGAAUGCAUGCCAACUUCUUCAUACACGGAGUUUUGGGAUUCCUUCACUUCCAAAGUGGAAUGUUCAACAACGAUUUCAGAGCAGCCUACGUGAUUAGUUACAAAGCGUCACGAUACCUGGCGCUUCCAUGCCUCAUGGCGGACCUUUAUAGAAGCAAUCAAGCACUUAGCGCUAUCCACUUAGUCUCUGGCAUAGUCCCUUUCGCCCUAGCUUUGGCUGGGGAGGACAACAUUUCUCUUGGCAACUUAGUCAUUGCUUGCAACAUCAUUUCUCUUUGCUACUACUCUUUGGAGAAUAAUAGGGAAUGGGGAUGGUAUACGGCAGGAGCCGGCGUGUUUGCGUAUUUUAUUGCCCCCCAAAAGAGUUCAAUAAUGAUGUACCCACUAGGUCUGGCUUUGAUGGAGUAUUGUGCAUACAGAGUGUUUGGAAUAGUAUUUGAAUCUCUUUAAUAAAAAUGAUCGUGGUAAUUAUCUUUUUAUUUAAGUUUUGCAUUGAUAAAGAGAUAAGAUGUGAAAGAAAUUGUUCUAAGUUAUUUCUGUGUUCAGGCAACAUCUAAAGUAAAUAUGAUAACUAAUAGUAUUAUUGUUUUAAUCUUGUCGGUAAAAAAAAGUAUUUAAUAUUUUACGGCAUUGCAUUUGGGAAUUUUACAUAAUAUUUUGACAUUUACCAGAUUACACCACCAGGCAACCUUAACUGAGCAGAGAAUGUAUGGAACUAGUAAAUACUUACAUAAAUUGAAAAUCUACAAAGUAACAGCAUCUAUGUUACUGCGUUUCCAUUUUUGAUAGAUAAUACUACGAUGGUAGGUCCCUUUUGCUCUGAACAAUUCUGAAGUCAAGCUGAAACAUUAUUGCUAGACAAGUCAUUGUGCCAUCAUUUACUUAA